ACAACAAGUUGCAAAAGAUGAAUUGGAGCUCUAUCACCUAAAUAAUUGGAAACUUGGUGCUGCACUUCUUCUUUAAGGCAGCUGCUGAGGGGUUUGUGCCUGUUUGCACGUGCGCCUGUCGGUGUCUGUGUGUGUGUAAGCGCGCGACUCCUACAGCUGUGGAUUAAUCCCCUGGAGACUCUUUCACCCUGGAGCUUCAUGUGGGCCUCAGACCUCCAGGCCAGGCUGGGGGAUGACACCGUUUCCUCUGCACUAGGAGCGCUGUGGGCAGCCAUGGCACUGGAAAGGCGCUGUCCCAAGCGGGGAUCUCCCAGCGGCGCGCUGGCCAGGAGGAGGCGCCAGCAGGCGGCCCAGGGGGUGGGCAGGAUCACGGUGGCCUUCGUGGCCAGGACACGCCUGCACGGGCUGAAGUACGUAUGCUCACAGAGCGCCUCCCUCAGGCACCGAGCCUUCUGGCUGCUGGCGCUCUGCACCUCCCUGGGCCUGCUCCUCUCCUGGUCCUCCAACCGCUUCCUCUACUGGCUCUCCUUCCCCACCUACACCAAGGUGCACAUGGAGUGGGCCAAGGAGCUGGCCUUCCCCGCCGUCACCAUCUGCAACAACAACCCCAUUCGCUUCUACAAGCUCACCAAGAGCGACGUGUACUUCGCUGGACACUGGCUGGGGCUCCUGCUGGCCAACCGGACCGCUCGGCCCGUCGUGUUGGACCUGCUGCAGGACGACCAGAGAGCCUGGUUCCGCAAGUUGUCUGACUUUCGCCUCUUUCUGCCCCCACGCAACUUUGAGGGCACCAAUUUGGAGUUCAUGGACAGGUUAAGCCACCAGCUGGACGACAUGCUCCUCUCCUGCAAGUACCGGGGGGAGGUGUGUGGACCACAGAACUUCUCCUCUGUGUUCACCAGGUAUGGGAAGUGCUACAUGUUCAACGCAGCAGAGGAGGGGAAGACGCUCCGCACCACGGUGAAGGGGGGCACCGGGAACGGCCUGGAGAUCAUGCUGGACAUUCAGCAGGAUGAGUACCUGCCCGUGUGGGGCGAGACAGAGGAGACAGCGUUUGAGGCGGGGAUCAGAGUUCAGAUCCACAGCCAGGCGGAGCCCCCCUUCAUUCACGAGCUCGGCUUCGGGGUGGCACCAGGGUUUCAGACGUUCGUCGCCACACAGGAACAGCGGCUCACCUACCUGCCCCCGCCCUGGGGGGAGUGCCAGUCGAAGGCUCCAGACUCGGGCUUCUUCCAGGUGUACAGCGUCACAGCCUGCCGCAUCGACUGCGAGACGCGCUACAUUGUGGAAAACUGCAACUGCAGGAUGGUGCAUAUGCCAGGUGAUUCUCCAUACUGCACCCCUGAACAGUACAAAGACUGUGCGGAGCCAGCACUGGCAACACUGUCGGAGGAGAACAGUAACUGUGUCUGCCGGACUCCCUGCAACAUGACGCGCUACAACAAGGAGCUGUCAAUGGUGAGGAUCCCCAGCAAGACGUCCGCUCGCUACCUGGAGAAGAAGUUUAAUAAGUCAGAGAAAUACAUAGCGGACAACAUACUGGUUCUGGAUGUGUUUUUUGAGGCCCUGAACUACGAGACCAUAGAGCAGAAGAAAGCGUACGAAGUGGCCGGUUUAUUGGGUGACAUCGGGGGUCAGAUGGGACUGUUCAUCGGGGCCAGCAUCUUGACAAUACUGGAGCUGUUUGACUAUGCCUACGAGGUGAUGAGGGACAGACUGCUGGACUUGCUGUGCCGAGAGGAUGAGGAAGGGAGUCAUGGUGAGGAUGUGAGCACCUGUGACCCAGUGGCAAACCACUCUGAAGCCAUCAGCCACACUGUGAGUGUUGCACUGCAGCCCACGCUGGGGACGCUGGAGGAGAUCGCUUGCUAAUGACCAGUGCAAAGAGCUCUCCCUGCCAACCUACCACUGGGACAGAGAACCUGGGGCUGGGGAGGGGGCUGAUCUGCUUUGACAAACUCCACUCUGUCCUCAAAAGAAAAACCUAUCAAAAGCACGGCUGACUGAAACUCUGUCACUGAUCGUUGCUAUGUACAGCACAAAUGGGGAACAAGGAUUCGUAUCCUUGACUCACCUACACUGAUGACGGACUAGGGAGACCCUGAUCCCCAGAGAGACUCCCAGGGGAAAUGUCUCUAAUUUCAGGGUCAAUGCGGCAACAAAUGGAAGGAAAUAUAUCUGUAUAUAAGAUUUGUGUAUACAAGUCGCUCUCUUGUCUAUUUACAGUCUACUGCCAAAUUGUAAAUUGUAAACUGUCCUAUUUGCAUGUUGGUUCUUUGGAUACACUUCUUUUUAAAGAUACAGAGACCAUUGUACUGCUUACUUGCGCUCUCUCUCUCUCUCUGUCUCUCUCUC